AUGAGUGAAUCCACUUUUGAAUUUAAUGUAAAAAAUGCUGGGAAAAAUUACCCAAUAACUUUGACAUCUUCAGAAUCGAUUUCAGAUUUGAAACAAAAAAUCGAAGAGUUAACUCAGAUUCCAAUUGCUCGUCAGAAGUAUAUGAUUAAGGGAGGUUUAUCCGAUGACUCCGUAACUAAUAUAUCCACUAUUAUUAAACCAGGAUCAACUUUAAUGUUAUUAGGUACUCCUGAUGCUAAUCUCAUUUCCAAACCAAAGGUAAAAAGUCACUUCAUUGAGGAUUUAAGCCCAGAUCAGCAAGUUCAACAAUUUAAUGAAAUACCAAUUGGUUUAAAAAAUAUGGGUAACACAUGUUAUAUGAAUGCUACUCUGCAAGCAUUGUAUAGAAUUGAACCAUUAAGACAAAUGGUUUUAAAUUAUGAUGCCAUUAACGACAGUUCCAGUAGUAACCCACAAACAGACGUUCAUUAUAAGUUAGUCCUAGAGAUGAAGCGUUGUUUUGAAGGUUUACAAAAGAAAAAUUUUAAAUCAAUUAUGCCAGUGGUUCUUCUUAAUGUAUUGAGAAAGGCGUAUCCCCAAUUUGCCGAAAGAGAUCAAAGUUCAGGGUUCUUUAAACAACAAGAUGCCGAAGAAUUGUUAACUCAAUUAUUCCAUUCCUUAAAUGUGGUUUUUGGUGAUAAAUUUGGUGAAGAUUUUAGAAUUCAAUUUAGAACAACUACAACGGACACAGCAAAUGCAAAUGAUGUCACUGUUAAAGAAGAAGAAAGUGAUAUUAAAUUGCAAUGUCAUAUUUCUGGUACUACCAACUUCUUAAAGGCAGGUCUUAUUGAUUCCUUGAAUGAAAAGAUCGAAAAGAGAUCCGAGACAACAGGUGUUAAUUCUGUAUACACUGUUCAUAAAGAAAUUAUUAGAUUACCAAAACUUUUGAUGGUUCAAUAUGUGAGAUUUUUUUGGAAAAGAUCAACAGGUAAAAAGUCCAAGAUUCUUCGUAAAGUUGUUUUCCCUUUCCAAAUGGAUGUUACUGAUAUGUUAGAAAGCACAUAUCAAAAGGAAAAAAUAGAAGUUCGUGAAAAGUUAAGAGAGGUUGAAAAGGAGAAGACAGAAAAAGAACGUGAAUUGAAGAAAAGGAAGUUAUCUGGUAAUAACAGUGAAGAUAAUGUGGCAAGUGAUGUUGUUAUGACUCCAAGGGAGGAGUUUGAAACUAAGAAAGCUUUGGAAGAAAGUCAAACAGAAUUCUGGAAGGAUGAAUAUAAGAAAAAAUUUCCAGAUAAUCUUACCCAAGGUGAAAAUCCAUCAUCUGUUUAUAAUCUAAUUGGUAUUAUUACGCAUCAAGGUGCUAAUUCUGAAUCCGGUCAUUAUCAGGCCUUUAUGAAGGAUGAAAAAGACGAUAACAUUUGGUAUAAAUUUAAUGAUGAUAAAGUAAGUAUAAUAGAAAAGGAAAAGAUAGAAAUGCUAGCUGGUGGUGGUGAAAGUGAUAGUGCAUUGAUCCUACUAUAUGAAGGUUUGGGAUUAUAG